AUGUUAAUGAUUACCCUUCAGUAUACAGAUCAGUUGCAAGAGAUCUCCUUCAAGAAUUAUUAUACUGCCUUUGUAAUGGUGCGGCUUCAGAAAGUGGACCCAGAGUCUCCAGAAAGUGCAGCUCAGUGGGUUACCUGCCUGCAUAAUCACUGCCUCGUGCCCAACCCGCACACCGAGGAAGGCUCGCAGGACUACUUCUCUAUCUACAGACAGCAGAUGUUAAUGGAGCCGGAUAACGUUACUUCAGUCGGUCUAAUUCUGAGACAGCCUUCUUCCAUGUGGCUAAACUUCACCCUGGAAGACAUUAAAAUUACAGUGUGUGGCACUGAGAAUUCAGAGAAGAAUUUUCCAUCCUGGUUUUCCAACUUAACACCUGAGGAACAGUCCAUGAAUCUACAAGCUGGACUUCCUGACCCAAAGGAAGUUUCAUCCAGCAUCCAGCAGAUGUGGGCCUUAACAGAAGUGAUGCAGAUCAAUCAGACAAGCGCACGUGUUGGCCGACUUGAUGUGGAUGGCUGCUAUGAUAUCAACUUGCUCUCCUACAUGUAA